CUAUGGCGUUGCUCCUCCUAGUGCCGUGCCUCCUCGCGCUCCUGCUGUCGCUCACCUGCCACGUGGACGCAGCUCAGUGGCACGAUUGCGGCUCCCAGCAUGUGCCCGUCACAGUGAAGAACGUCACGAUGCUGCCCGACCCGCCAGUUGCCGGCUCGGAUUUCACAGUUGUGCUGCCCGCCGUCACAGCGGCGCGCAUCCAGUCAGGGGUGGUGAGGGUGAGUGUGGCGUACUACGGGUGGCCGGUCUACACGUCCACGGUGCAGCUGUGUGACAAGACACCCUGCCCCGUGCUGCCAGGCGCCUUCACCUUCUCCAAUCAGCAGCCCCUGCCCUUCCUGACCCCCGCUGGUGCGUACACGCUGUGGCUCAAGGCGCGCGACAGCAACGGGCGAGAGCUGUUCUGCACGCGAGUGGAUUUCACCAUCGUGCGCCCGCAGGCAGGGGGGGGGGCUGCCCUCUCUGCGCGUGCAGACGGCUUAGAGCGUGGCUCGCGCUCGCGGUGCAGUGGGAGGGGAGGGGACUUCACCAUUCGCGCGAUGGCUCCGCGCCCGAAGAAGAAGGCGGUCGUGCGCGCCUCCGAUCGCGCAAGCAGCUCCGCCGACGCGCACGCAGGGCACGCGCGGUGGGCGUCGAUGCGCUCGCUGCUGCUCCUGGGCGGCGCGGGAAUGCUCUUCUAUUUCCUCCUCGCGCGCUCCGACUACUCCGCGGGGUACCGCCACGGCGGGCCCAUGGGCGCAUGGCGCGGGGGGGGCGCGGGCGGAAGGGACGAGCGCUGGAUGGGCGGGGAGGACCAGUGGGGCGCGCGCGGGGGCGCAAUGGGGAGGGGGGAGUGGGGAGGCGCCGGGGGGCAGUUUGGGGAUCGGCGCGGGUUUGAGGGCGCGGCGGGCGGGUGGCAAGGCGCUGGUGGUGGGGACUGGCGGAACGACGGGGGAGGGCCUCGGCAGCUGGCAGGGGGGGAUAGGCUGGGGGGCCCACAGGGAGGGGGAUGGGGCCAGCAAGGGGCCGCUGGAGGGUGGGACGCGGGGAGAGGGGGGAACGGGUUUCCGCAACAGGGGGGCGGAUGGGGGGCAGGCGGGGGGAUUCAAAUGCCAGGCGGGGAGGGGGCGGGCGGGAUAGGCGGAGGAGCUGGGGGAAUGGCUACUGGCGGCGGCGGUUGGGGCGGAUUGAGAGGGGGAGCAGCGGGCGGAAUGGGUGAGCCCCAGCAGACGAUGCCUCAGGGGGCACUGCCCAUGCAGCACGGUGCGCAGGGCGCGCAGGGCGGGCAGUGGGGCGGCGCAGGGGGCGGGGAGAGCAGCGGGUGGGGCAGCGGCACGACAGCCCAGGCGCUCCCCCAGCAGCAGUGGGGCGCGCAGGGCGCCACCUCGGGCGCAGCAGCAGCAGCAGUUGGGGGAGGGGGAGGGGGAGGGGCCGGGGGAGCAGUGGGGGGAGGGGCAGCAGGGGAGAGCGCGUUCGUGAGUGCGCCACACGCGCACUGGAAGCCGGUGGACGGGCAGUUCCCCCUGGAGGGCGGCACGCCCCAGCGCUCAUACCUCACAGUAGACAUCUCCCGCACGCUGCUCAAGCGCGUGCACCUCGACGCCACUCGCUUCUCCGACGAGGCCAAGCCCAAACCCAAGGGCGCCCCUCCGCCACGUGCCUCGCGCGGCCCCCCCUGCCCCGACUUUGAGUUUGCAUACGAGCGGUUGCCCGGUGUGGGGUCGUGCUGGGAGGCGCCCCUCGCGGACAGCUCCCGCACGCCCACGCGGUACCCCGCCAACUGCCCGUCGCUGGACGAGAGCUGCAUCCAGGAAACCGACUUCCAACCGCACCCCAAGUGGGCCGCGCAGGUGCUGGUGUUACACAACGUGUAUGUGAACCUGGCCGGGCAGGUGUUCAACGAGACGCACCUCUUCGACCACAACGCCUGCGCCGUCACGCUCGCCGCCGCCAACUUCCGGUACGCGUCGGGGCGCACGCGCGUGCGGCGCUUCAAGGAGCUCGUGUCGCUCGUCGACUGGUUCGCCUGGUCCGCCCGCGCCUACCUGCUCGAACUCAUCCCGCUCUUCGUCUCGCUGCGCAAGGUGAUGCCAGCGAUGAGGGGCGUGGCGGUGGCGGUGGGGCACCGGUUGACGCACAGGCGGAAUCAGAUGCAGCAGAUGGUGGCGCUGGGCGCGGAGGACAUCCUGGGCGUGCAGCUGAGCCGCAUGAACGUGCACGUGCUGCAGGGCGCCGACCUCUUCUUCGCCGAGAAGCUCAUCCUCCCGCUGCACCAGCGCUGCGGCCAACCAUCGCGUGCCAUGUGGCAGUACAUCCGAAACCACCACUUCCUCCCCAAGAACGGCCUCCCCAUGUUCUACUCUG